CUUUUUACUUUUUUGAGCAUUUUCAAACUUUCUCAAAACAGUUCACCUUUUUUUUUUUUUGCUCUCGAGACUUUGGCUCAUUACCUUUGCGACUACUUUCCGGUCAUCAUCAUUCUGACUGUUUUUGGUCAAACUGUCAACCACUUUGAGUCAUUUUUCCUUCCAAACAACUAUUUUCUACUUCUGCCACUUAAUCAUCUUUUACCGAAUAGAGAUGUCACAAUUAUAUCAUCGCUAAUGGAGAUGCUCUAGACGAGCUCACGGAAAGCAGGAUCCUGUAGUGGAACUAAAUCAUGGCAGACAAGACGGAAAUAAUUUCAUCACUUUCUGAUAAAGCUUCUCUUCCUCUAUCACCACUACCUACAGAAAGUUGUAUUAUAUCAACUGAGCUCAGAAACUACUUAUCUUCAAGAUGUAAGGAACCAGUGCUUCUCUUGGAAUCAGCUGGUAAGGAAUCUUGUUGCAUCUUCAGAGUCCCUGAAAGCUUCGUAGCAAUGAAUCCCGAAGCCUAUAAGCCCAAAGUUGUUUCUAUUGGUCCUUAUCACUACGGGGAAAAGCACCUGCAAAUGAUUCAACAGCACAAGCUUCGAUUUCUGAAGCUUUUCCUAGACGAGGCAAGAAAGAAUGGAGUGGAUGAAAAUGUCUUGGUGAAAGCUGUAACUGAUUCGGAAGAAAAGAUAAGGAAAUCUAAUUCUGAGGAGCUUAGGGUUGACGACUUGGAACCCAAGGAACAACACAGUUUAAUGUUUCUAAUGGUUUUGGAUGGGUGCUUCAUUCUCAUGUUAUUUCUUAUCGUGUCUAGCAACAUAGGACUGAACGAGGAAAAUGAUCCACUUUUUACGAUCCCCUGGAUUCUGCUGUCCAUUCAGAGUGAUCUUCUACUGUUGGAAAAUCAGGUCCUUUUUUUUGUUCUUCAAACUUUGUAUGUAAAAUCCAAGAUUGGUCUCCCUGGUGAUCUAAACAGGAUAGCGUUUGAGUUCUUCAAACGCUCAAUAGAUAAACAAGGCAGUUAUUGGGAGAAACACAGAAACUUUCAGGCAAAACAUCUUCUUGACCUCAUCCGUAAGACCUUCUUACCUAACAUGAGAUCUGUGGGUGAAUCUGAAACAACAUCAUCCCAAGAUGUUCAACUCCAUGAGGGUAACUCUGGAAAAGUAUCCUCCUCAGAUUCUACAGGGGUAGUGCCGUUGAUAUUGUCGGCAAAAAGACUUCGCCUUCAAGGGAUAAAGUUCAGGCUAAGAAGGAUUGAAGAAGAAGAUUCCAUAUUAGAUAUAAAAUUAAAGAAAAACAGGCUUCAGAUACCACUGUUAAGAUUUGAUGGGUUCAUCAGCUCAUUCUUCCUCAACUGUGUUGCCUUUGAACAGUUUUACACAGACAGUUCCAACGACAUAACAAGCUACGUAGUUUUCAUGGGAUGCCUUCUAGAUGGCGAGGAAGAUGUAACUUUCUUGAGAAACGAAAAGCUCAUCAUAGAGAAUCACUUUGGUAGCAAUAGUGAGGUAUCCGAGUUCUUCAAAUCUAUCAGUAAAGAUGUUCUAUUUGAAAUACAUACAAGUUACCUAAACAAUGUAUUUAAGGGAGUGAACGAGUACACCAAAAAAUGGUACAAUGGAUUAUGGGCAGGCUUUAAGCACACACACUUUGAGUCACCAUGGACUUGUCUGUCAUCGUUUGCUGUUGUUUUCGUUAUAUUUCUUACCAUGCUACAGGCCAUUGUUGCGAUUCUUUCCUUCCUAAACGACAAAAAAGAUGAUGGAAACGCAGCUCCUCCAUUGGGUCUUCCUUAGUGAAAAUCAAAUAUGCUCGAGUUUAUGAAGAAACAAUGCAAACAAAUGCAGUCUUCUCUUCUGCACACAGCAUACCUCAUUGUUUUCCACGUCUCUAUAUGUUUUACCAUCAGUUUGAGGUCCAAUUGUAUUAUAUAUGUUGUGGAUUUAUCUUCUGUACGUGUAUGGUU